AUGUUAUGCGACGAUAUGCGCGCGGUUUGCGGUGGCAAUUCGGAGUUUUUCAUUAAGCCAUUCCAAGGAGUAAACAGCAGACGAAAAAGUCAUUUAUUAUUUCAUGUGUUUGAUUCAAUUUUACAGACUGGUUUUGCUAAGUCUUCACAAGCUCAAGCUCAUUGUCAACCAAGAGUGAUUGAGAAGAAGUUAUCUUCGGGUUCUCUAAGUUCCGGAGGCUGCGAUGGAGCGCGCCCGAAAGUGGUUACUGUUAGGCACCCAGAGUCGAACAAACCAAAACCUACUGUUAAAAAGAAUAAACCGAUCCAAGCUGAUCUGGAUGUUGCCAAAGAAUUUAUUCGUUGCAAAGAAGAAGGGAAAUCACGAUUGGACUUAUCCAAAUCAAGUGUGACCUUGCUACCUCCCUCAGUUCGUGACCUAACUCAUUUGACCGAAUUCUACCUCUACGGAAACAAAUUGGCGUGUCUUCCUCCUGAAAUAGGAUGUUUAGUAAACCUUUCAACUUUGGCGCUCAAUGAAAAUUCUCUGACAGCCUUGCCAGAUAGCUUGGCCAACUUGCGUUGUCUUCGUGUACUCGACCUACGACACAACAAGUUGCAUGAAAUUCCUGACGUAGUUUACAAACUUCAUUCGUUGACCACUCUCUUUCUGCGCUUUAACCGAAUUCGCGUGGUUGGUGAAGAAAUCCGUCAGCUCACUCAUCUGACUAUGCUUAGUCUUCGGGAAAACAAAAUCCGCGAACUACCAGCAGGAAUUGGUCGCCUGACCAGUUUGAUCACUUUUGACGUGUCUCACAACCACCUGGAACACCUUCCCGAAGAAAUCGGCAAUUGUAUCCAGCUGUCUUCGCUGGAUUUGCAGCAUAAUGAGCUCCUCGAUAUACCUGAGAGCAUCGGCCAGCUUCGCAAUCUCAACCGGUUGGGCUUGCCAUAUAAUCGUCUGACGAGCGUACCCAGAUCACUGAGCAAUUGUAUCCAUAUGGACGAAUUCAACGUUGAGGGCAACGCCAUUUCCCAUCUUCCCGAUGGGCUUUUGUCUUCACUGAGUCAACUGACUUCUAUCACCUUCUCCCGCAACUCCUUUACCGCUUAUCCAUCGGGCGGACCUUCCCAAUUCAUCAACGUACACAGCAUCAACCUGGAGCACAAUCAAGUAGACAAAAUUCCGUAUGGAAUAUUCUCUCGAGCCAAACAUUUGGCCAAACUGAACAUGAAGGAAAACCUAUUGACCUCUCUACCAUUGGAUAUUGGGACGUGGGUCAACAUGGUGGAACUUAAUCUCGGUACUAACCAACUUAACAAAGUCCCUGACGAUAUCGCUCUUCUUCAAUCUCUUGAGGUGUUGAUCCUAUCUAACAAUAAUCUAAAGCGAGUGCCAAAUAGCAUCGGCAAUCUGCGCAAGCUAAGAGUCCUUGAUUUGGAAGAAAACAAACUCGAAACUUUGCCCAACGAGAUUGGAUUUUUACGUGAUUUAAAGAAAUUAAUCGUCCAGUCGAAUCAACUAACUUCCUUGCCGCGGGCAGUAGGCCACCUCUCUAAUUUGACCUACCUUAGUGUAGGGGAAAAUAAUCUGUCCUAUAUGCCGCAGGAAAUCGGUACGCUCGAGACAUUCAAUCACUAUCUGAAUGAUGAUCUGAAUUUGCACAAUCUGCCGUUUGAAUUGGCAUUGUGUUCCAGUCUACAGAUUAUGAGUAUCGAAAACUGUCUGCUGUCGCAAAUUCCGGCUGAGAUAGUAGCGAGAGGCCCGGUAGCGAGUUGGAGUUUUGCAUUUUGAAACCCGUUACAAUAAUUAGCUAUACGAUCCGCCUCUCUACAUCCCGUCUCUACCGCACCAUGUACUGUGCUGUAGAAAAAAUCGUGCGUUGCUUCGCCAGCGAAAAAGAGCCGAGGAUAGCCACUGGAAUCAUAGACCGGCUGAGCAAGAUCAGAUGCGCA